CAAAACCAAUGUUGUAAUAGCAGUACAACGUAAAUGGCUAAGCUAGCAUUACUAGCUGAGCAAGAGUUCAUUCUAACAAGAGUACGGCAGGUGUUACACAUAUUAGUUUCACACCAACUUCUGGACUUUUGAAAGGUAGAUAAGGCCUCGAAAUACAGCUACUGCCCUCUACAACAGGAAGUUACCUACAGCCACAGCUGGUAAUGCCAAUGUUUUUCACCCGCCGACUAUAGGAAACUAGAGGUUUGUUGAAUGUCGCUGUUAAUUGUAGCAGUUUUACCAGAACUGGAUAACAUGACACACACACUCUCACACAGCGUUUGUCAAAUCAGCUCCCACGUGUAAAGUAUGUCUGCCGUUUCUUCCAAACAGUUUCCAUCGACUCACUACUACUCAAGAUGGGUCACCAGGUUAAAACGUGCAAAGUGGUUUCCAAACCCCGGAGGCGCAGAAUAAACAAACAAGAUUAAUUUAAUCUACUUUGCUCAGAGUUCCCAGAAUAAACAACGGCCAUUUUUAAAUGCCUUAGAAAGGAUUUCCUUGUAAGUGUGUUGCAAUGUUUUGGGUAAGAGAUGUGGGACUCAAGUGGGAAUGUGGGAAAUUAUGUCAAAAAUGGAGCCUGGUUCAAAUGAAUUUGUUCCUGGGUCACCAUCGUAAAACCGUCAUCAACUGAACAGGCAAAGUCACAGUUUAACAUUCUUAACAGUGUGAGAAAGUUAAGAACCGUCUUCAAACUCAGCGGAGGGAGGUUUACGGAGUGUUUUCGCAUAGACAGUGGAACUUUAGUUAGCAUUAUUAGCGUUUGUUCCAGAAGGUCCAACUUGUUUUCACCAAUUUUUCCCAUAACAAAUCCUGUUUAAUUCUAAUUCAUUCAUUCCAGAAAGCCCAAAAUGUGAACAUAAAACAUGUUUUUAUAGGAUUACAAUUAUAGUUAUAAACUUGUGACAUACCGUAGCUGACUUUCGGUUUCGGUGGCCAUUUUGUUAGCUAGAUAGUAGGAUGCUAACAAGGAAGUACGUGCUUGGAUUAAAACUAACCAGAUAAGGCACACAAACUGAGAUGACCAGCGGAGCUCGGAGCUUAGUGCCAAUCACAUCCACGAGCAGCAUGAGCAGAAGAUAAAAAAAAAAAAAAAAAAAAAAACAAGCAGCUUUUAAUUCAGAAAGGAUUCCUGCGUCUUUGUGUGAAGAGUCUGCUAACCGUGUGUGAAGACCUCUGGGAAUACAAGGAUCAAGUCAAGGGCACGUUCAUCCCCCCCACACCACCCCUCCCUCACCCUUUUUACUCCACUGCCUGCAGGAAGAUGCGAGUGAGGAUAGAAACCUGAGCGGAGUCACAAGAGGAGCUUCAUGAAUUCCGAGGAAUCUUAAAAACAAGCACUCUUUAUUGCUGUGUUUGUUGCUGUGAGGAUACCAUAACCAUGUGGACAUUAGCGGAAGACGCACGCUGCCUUCUGGCCGCCACCCUCCUAUUGGCCCUCUGCCUCCAAUCAGUGAUGACCACGGACGACGACGUGAUGCCACGCAUCAGUUUCCCAUACAAUGCAAAGGAGAGAUCGGCCAAGAGGUUCUCAGCCGAGGGCGUCUUCAAUUACACUUCUCUGCUGCUCAGCCAGGAGGAUGACAUGCUGUACGUGGGGGCCAGGGAGACACUGUUUGCCCUCAGCCUCUCUGAUAUCAGCAGGACCAAACUGCAGAAGAACCUGACUUGGGCGACUCCGCUUGGAAAGAGAGAGGAGUGCAGCUUCAAAGGAAAGAACCUGGAGACUGAUUGCUUCAAUUACAUCAAAAUCCUGCUGAGGCUGAACAGCACUCACCUGUACGUGUGUGGCACCUACGCCUUCAGUCCCAUCUGCAGCUACAUUAACACGUCAACAUUCACCAUGGCGAGGGAUGACGCCGGUGAGGUGGUGAUGGAGGACGGGCGCAGCCGCUGCCCUUUUAAUCCCGAGUACAAAUCCACCGCCAUCAUCGUUGAUGGUGAAUUGUACACGGGCACGGUCAGCAACUUCCAAGGGAAUGAGCCGGUUAUUUAUAAAAGUUUGGGGCAAGGAACGGCACUAAAGACGGAAAACUCUUUAAAAUGGCUACAAGAUCCGCUCUUUGUUGGUUCGGCUUACAUCGAGGAGAGUCAGCCAAUAGGGAACCCUGUGGGCGACGACGACAAGAUUUACUUCUUCUUCAGUGAGGCGGGAAAGGAAUUUGACUUCUUUGACAACACCAUUGUGUCGAGGAUCGCUCGCGUGUGCAAGGGCGACAGAGGGGGCGAGCGGGUGCUGCAGAAGAAAUGGACCACUUUCCUGAAGGCCCAGCUCCUGUGCUCCCUCCCAGACGACGGCUUCCCUUUCAACAUCCUCCAGGACAUGUUUGUCCUGAAGCCCACGGGAGACGGCUGGGAGAGCACCGUUUUUUAUGGUGUCUUCACGUCACAGUGGUAUAAAGGAGCAUCAGGUAGCUCGGCAGUGUGCGCCUUCACGAUGGCACAAGUAGAGCGAACCUUCAGUGGGCGGUACCGACAGGUCAACAGAGAGACUCAGCAAUGGUUCACCUACAACCACCCAGCACCAGAACCACGACCUGGAGCGUGCGUGACCAACCAUGCCAGGCAAAUGGGAAUUCAGUCGUCUUUGCACAUGCCUGACAAGGUGCUGAACUUUGUCAAGGACCAUUUCCUGAUGGACAGUGUGAUACGAAGCGCCCCUUUGCUGCUGAAACGCAGCGUGCGCUACACACAGAUCGCCGUGCACAAGAUCCAAGGCAUGGAGAGGGCGUACGACGUGCUCUUUAUCGGAACGGAUGACGGCAAGCUGCACAAGGCCGUCAACGCCAACGACAAGAUGCACAUCAUCGAGGAAAUGAUCCUCUUUCCUGACCCGCAGCCUGUCCAGCACAUCGAACUGGAUCCUCAGAGGGGUCUGUUGUUUGUGUCAUCCUACUCGGGCUUGGUGGAGGUCCCUGUGGCCAACUGCUCCAACUACCUGAGCUGUGGCGAGUGCGUCUUGUCCAGAGACCCCUACUGCGCUUGGACCGGGCGCCUGUGUCGUGACGUCAGGAUGGCUCCUCCUGACAGCCACUGGCAGCAGGAUGUGGAGGAGGCGGACACUUCAUCAAUCUGUAACAGGACGCUGUCCAGCCCCAGAUCUGCUCGACCCACUGCUUCCCGUGGCUCCCGUUGUCAGCUCAUUACGGUCCCCGCCAACACAUUCCGGGUCUUACCCUGCAAACUGCGCUCCAACCUGGCUCAGAGGAAGUGGCGCUACAGUGACAGCGCCAGCCAGUUCCUUUACGCCACGCCCGAGGGCAGCCUAGUGGUGGUGGCGCAAGGCGACAAGAUGGAGACGUACGAGUGUUGGUCAGAGGAGGAGAACUUCCGCCAGCUGCUAGCCAAUUACUGUGUCAGGGCAGAGCCUCGGCAGGAAAGCACCACCAUGAUGGGCCACUCCCGGACGCCGCACAUCAAACGCGUGGAGACCAUGAUCCUGCCCGGCGAGUCCCGCUCGGAGCAGAUCCACACCAAGACCUACUGGAACGAGCUCAUCGUGGUGUGCGCGCUGCUGGCUUUCUCCUUGGUGGUCUUCUCCUUGUUCGUCAUCUACAGGAACCGCGACCACAUGAAGUCCAUGCUGAAGCAAGGCGAGUGUCCCAACAUGCAGCAGAAGAAGCCGAGGAUCGUGGGGAAGCCCACCGAGAGCCUGCCGCUCAACGGUAACACCAUUCCCGUCUCCACCUCCGACCACAAGGGCUACCAGACGCUCAACGACAACUACAUCUGCAGCACGCCCACUCGGGAGUCGUCGCCGGAGAGCAAGAGCUUCUCCGACGCGUCCGACAGGCGGCCUCUCAACGUGAAGGAGAGCCACGUGGAGUACUCGCCCACACUCCCCCGACCUCGGGUACGGUUAGGCUCGGAGAUUAAAGACUCCAUCGUGUGAGACGAGCGGGACGCCAACAUUUUUUUUGUUUUUUUUUAAAAUUUUGAUCAUCUUUGUUUGCCAGAGGAACGAGAAAGCAGCUCACGGCCGUUUCUUUUCACUCAUUGCUUACAAAAUGCGUGUGCGUGUGGGCUCGGACACUCGACGCUCUAUCAGUAUUUAUGUCUUCAUAGACUCCAGUAAAAGUCUACUGCCGAGGCCCCACAAAAAAAGCCACCAUUUCAGGUUCGAGGAGGAUAAAAAAUGGCGUGCGACGCAGUUUCACGAUGACGGUGGAUGAUAGCAGAUGAAGAACGAGGAUGACUUCUUGACUGCGGAACUUCUUAACAGAUACUACAGAGCACAAGGGAUGCUGACAAGUGACUUUUACCUCCUGAAUGUACGUCAAAAGUCUGUCUUAUGCGCCAGUGAAUGCACCACGGACCACUGGAGAAAGCGGCCACACUCUGUGACGUGACCUGCUGGUACUAAGUAAAAGUGAUGUGAUGAGACAGCCAAGAAACAAACAAGGUAAGGGGGGGGGGUUGGUCCACAUCAUUUUCAGGGUCGCACCAAAUCAUCACGUGCACUGUGCCAAAAAAAAAAUGAACAAAAAAAAAAAAGCAACAAAUAACAUAAUUGUUUUGUCGAAAUGCAAUAGUGCCAUUGUGUUGUGACCACCACUCCCGCCAUCUUUGUUUUUAGCAUCUGCAAAGCGCACUAAAAGGUUGAGGCACUAAUAAAAACAAAUGUGACAUGCGAGGUUGGAUAUUUUACUCGUAGACUGUUAGUUCAGAAUUCUGGAAUCUUUCUAUUUAAAAAAAAAAAAAAAUGUUGGGGCACCAACCACUUAGGUACCAACCCAGAAAGACUAAUAUACUCUCUUGCUGUCUGUUUGUCUUCCUACACUAAUAUACUAAACCACACUACAAAUAGCCUGAUUCAGUAGAAAGCAUCAAAAUUGAAAUGCGAUUUUAGCAAGCUAGCUAGCUAGCCGGCGCAGCAAUGUAGAUCAACGCAGUUGCUCGGUAUAUGUCAUAUUUGCGUGGUUGCUUGUUGCUAGGCAGAAUUUGCAAUCAGUCCUUCCUCAAAGGAAUAAAAAAUUUGUUUUAAUCUGGAAAAACAACAAAAGUACAUUAAAUAGUAAAAGUUUUGAAGAUUUUACAGAUAUUUUAUUGGUCCUUAUGCUAUCCACUAUGGUUUUCUCAGCGUUGCUGCCUCACACAUCAGAAAAAGAGCAGGGAGAGUUGGCUCAAGACUCAAAAACUUGCCUAUAAAGAUUUUAGUCGCCAUCUCCUUGACUUGGUUGGGUAGUAAAAAGCUAGUAUUGGUAGAGGUUUCAUCUGAAAAAUAACAAAAAAUUGUUUCCCCACAAGCUAAGAUGGCCGAACAAAUAAAACAACACGAUAAGGACUAUGAUAGAAAUGUAUUUACACGUCAUUUAAUCACAUUGCUGCCUAUUAUGUAGGAAGUAUGCUCUCAGAUGGUCUUAUUAUUCUUUACGCUACAAAUUUUGGAUAGUAACAAUAUGCCUGUCAUGCUUACGGGGCAGAGGGGUCCACUGCCCCACUAAUCUGAGGACAGGGAGAGUCUGCAACAAAAAAAUCAUUUUAAUUAUAGUGACACACCUUUUCUAUGAUUUUAUCAGGAUGGAACGUUCCUGUUUCCUCGGCAGUGUUGUAGAACAGCGCCACUGCUGGUUGCAAACAAGUAUUGCACUCCAUUUUGCCUGUCGCUUUUGCAAGGCACAAUGACUCAAUAUAAAACCCUCCAGGUGUCAUUUCUUCUACGCGUUUGGAUGUCAAUAUGAAAGCACAAGUCGUCAGGGAGUUUGAAUCCUCACCAGUCGUUUGCACACGUCACUAAAAAUCAGUUUUCAAUUUAAAAAAAAAAAAAUGCAACAACUCAGAAACCGGAAAGACAAACAGGGACCAUGAAGAACUCUCGCUCACUAUGGAGACUUAAAAACAAAAAAAAGCCGACUUUUCCAAAGAUGACAAUACUAUGUGUGACUCCAUAAAGUACAAUAUGGAACCAUCAGAGUUCCGUAAAGACGUAACGUAUAUAUUUCACACUCCCUUCAACGCUGACAACCAUUGCACAGCACAGCGCAAAAUUGAUCAGUGUUUAUUUUUGUUGCCUUGAUUGUACCUGUGCUUAAUAUUGUGUGUGUGUGUUUAAAGAUGUGUUGUAGAGCUAGUACCCAGUGAACACUGAUGACUUUUCUCCCUUCAUGCUUUACUGCCUAACAUACACGAUACCACUAACGUCGUACCGAGCACACUGGCGGUUGUUGAUCAAGCAUAUGAAAGCAGGAAUGCUAUCUAUCAAAGGGAAAAAAAUAUAUCGUAAAAUAGGACCAGAACAGCUCUUUCUAAGUGGUUGACUACGACAUAUUAGUAUAAUAAUAGUAAAAAACUAUGCAUUUUAAGCAAAAAAAACUGCCUAAAUUAAGCAUUUUCAUGCGUAAAAAUAGUUAAAUGCGCUAAUACGAGUGUAAAUAUAACUAUAGGGGUGUUAUUUCAUGUCUAGAGGGCUCUAAUAAUGUUUUAAACCACAUUUAGAAUUCAAUCCCACCUCUCGCCCGAAGAAAGCUGGGAUAGGCUCCAGCACCCCCCGCAACCCUCGUGAGGAAAAAGCGGUAGAAAAUGAAUGAAUGAAUUAAUUAAUGAAUGUUUUGUUUUGGGGAUGAGUGGUUAGCACGCAGGCCACACAACUAGGAGACCCGAAUUCAAUUCCACCCUCGGCUCCUCACCCCCCCGCGACCCUUGUGAGGAUAAGCGGUAGAAAAUGAAUGAAGGCGAGUGGUUAGCCCGCAGGCCACACAGCUAUAAGACUCAAGUUCGAUUCCACACUCAGCCAUCUCUGUGUGGAGUUUGCAUGUUCUCCCCGUGCAUGCGUGGGUUUUCUCCGGGUACUCCGGUUUCCUCCCACAUUCCAAAAACAUGCUAGGUUAAUUGGCGACUCCAAAUUGUCCAUAGGUAUGAAUGUGAGUGUGAAUGGUUGUUUGUCUAUAUGUGCCCUGUGAUUGGCUGGACCCAGUAAAAAUGGACUUGAGUGCCAUUUUGGGGUACAUGAAAACUGUUAAUAUGGUGAUUGUACCAUGUCACCUAAAAAAAAAAAUACCCUGCUUUCAUAUGCUUGAUAACAUCAUUCAAUGGAUGAAAUACCUUUAGCUAGCACGUCGCUCUGCCUUGUUAGCCACGCCGUACUAUCCAGCAGUGACAUUGCCGCCAAACACUCUGAAAAUAGCGUGACUGCGGAGAAAAGCUCCACGCUAACAUUACCCGUAACACUGAGAGCUGCUCAAAGUGACAUAUUACCGUUGGACCUUAAUUAACACUCAUGCCAAAAUGCUGUGUUGUAUUUAUUCAUGACGAGCUUUUCAUCAAAAAGCAAUCCUGUCGUUUUGAGUAGCUCUUUGACAUACUGUACUGGACAUGAAUGUAGCCACCUGGGUCGGCCUUCCCCUUCCCGUUCCCGUUCCCGAGUAUUUAAGUUGAAACAGUCACAUGACCAGCACACUAGAACUAACAUUCAUAACACAGUGCUCAGUCAGCCUCUCAUCCAACUAAACACCAUAGUUGACUGAAUAACAAAAGUAGACAAAUGUGGUCUUGCCUGCAUGAUUUCCCUCUGUUUUUUCAAUUAUUAUUUGUUGUGUAAAUAAUUGUGAACUGUACAUUUUUUUUUGUAUUAUGGAGACAAAUUGUGACUGUUGUUUUUAUUAUAUUGUACAUAAAAAGCACUUUAUUUUAAAGUUUUUAAGAUAAAUGAUUAAAAUAAAUGUUUUUGACAA